AUGGCCAUCUACUGUGACCGGAAAGACGUCGUUGCCUGCGCACCAACAGGGUCUGGAAAGACUCUGUCCUUCUGGAUUCCUCUGAUCAUGGCGCAGGCGGAUGGAUUGAAGAAGAUUAUGAUCGUCGUUACUCCGUUGAACUUGCUAGGCCAGCAGAAUGUGAACGAGCUGGCAUUAGCUCAUAUCCGAGCUGUGUCAGUCAAUAGCGAGAACAAUUCAGCUUCAUUAUGGAAGCUCGACAACUUCACUCUUGCAUUGGUCUAUCACCAACUCGCUCGCAUGUCGAGCGUACAACGUUGA